CUGUGGAGGCGCUAUAUUGAUAUAAGCUAGUGUUGUUGGCCGUAGGCGCUUGCAGCACAUUGCGCUGAGUCUACAGUUCAAUUAUCUUUGUCACUUUCCACAAGUACAGGGAAAUCACGCGAUAGAAACUCUUCUGCAGACCGCUCCCAUAUUCCCAAUAUUGGAAACCUGGAACCGGCCUGGAGGUUGCAUUGACCUGUGUAAGGGAGAAAGUGAGCGAUCCUAAAUCAGAACAAGCUGAAUGCAGGGAACAUCACUUUCUAACAGGAUUCAGAAAAGUGUCUAGGCUGAAUAAGUUUGAAAACCUCUAACUGAAUGAGUUGGACUUUGGAUGGCCAAGCUGAGGAGAGAAGGAGGUGUUGAGAGUUUCUUUCUGCAAGACUCCAGAACAAAGAACAUCACACCAAGACAGUUCUGACGUGAUACUGAGAUGCCUGUGCAUAUUGAUGAUGUGAUGCGCUUAGUGUGCCACAUUUCAGAGGUGGAGAAGCUGCAAGUAGCAGUGAAAAGCUCUGGAAAAGGGGCACUUCUGGCUGGUGCAAUAGCAUUUGCAGGAGGCUUGGUCGGUGGUCCUCCAGGAAUAGCAGUUGGUGGUGCGGUUGGUGGAUUGUUGGGUGCCUGGAUGACUAGUGGACAGUUAAAACCAUUACCACAGAUUAUUAUGGAACUGCCACCAAAUCAACAGACGAUAUUAUCUAAAGAUGUGCGGAAUAUUGUCCAGCAUUUAGACUGGACGGAUGCAGUCCAGCUGAUAUCAUUGGUGAUGGGUAAUACUGCCCUGAAGCAGGAGGUGAUGUCAGCAAUAAGUGCAUUUUUUUUAAAGCAACUUAAUGCUGAGGUGCGACACUUUGACUGAAACCUAUAUAAAUAGCCUUUUCUAGAAAUCUAAAUAAAAUUCCAUUUGCUGGAAUAUAAGAAGAGCAUUCAUUUUGCCGAUACAAGUUCAAAGGUCUGUGAAGGAUUUGCUUUGGAUAAUGCUACAAUGACUACAUGAACCUUUAACCUGUAGGAUUCAUUUUGAACAUUUUUACAUAGCUCACUUUGGAUUCAGCAUUCUCAAAAUCUGUUUUACCUUUUUGAUAGCAUGCCCUCUUACUGUUGUCAAAUGUAUUUUGGAAUUGUGCCUGGUUUGUAAGCAAAGAAUAAUUCUGCUUGGAUAUUUAUAUAGGAAAAUUAAGGAUAAUGGAUCUUAUUUUCAAAAUCUUGUUAAUGCUGUUUCAGUUAUAUUGCAAAUUGGCAUGUAUUGAAUUAAAUUGGCAAUACCAUCUCAAAAUUGGUAUUUACAACAAAUAUAUAAUCAUUUAAAACACAUUGGCUGGAUUCAAGCUGGAAUGGUGUAAGCUAACAUGUAACAGACCCUAGUCUCUCUCUGUGAUAGAAAUAUUGAAUUUAAGUGCUCAUUGGACUCGACCUGAUACAAGGACAGGAAAUAUAGAUUCUGCCCUGAAAUCCCAGCAAUCAAAUGUCAUUAAAGAAGAAUAUGAGAGCAACCAUAAGUCAGCUGUAUGACAAUGGCUUCUAAUGUCUUUCCGGAUUCAUAUGGUACAAAAAUCUAGCCUUCAGAAUCACAACUGGCUCUACAAAAUCCACAAGAUAGUUGGAGUACCUCCAUAUGCUACAAGCUGACAAUCAAACAGUAACAAAUGUGGAUAAAUUCUGUCCCUCCUGGUGUGCUAAGGAUGUUCGUAAACUGAUAUAAUGUCCUGUCCUUAAAGAAAUAGGUGUAAUAGGCAUAUGUAAUAUUUCAGAACUCAUGUUUAUGGGCAGUGAAAAACCCACAAAAGGGAUCGCCAAGUCCAAAAUUAAAUCAGGUAGAAAAUGGACAUUGGAUGAAUCGUGGUAACCAGAAGCAAAUUACAUUUCAGCAAUGUACUCAGCAAAUGGUAGGAUGUCUCCAAAUGUUUUACAAUAAACAAUAGACACUGAAGAUCAAAAGAGGUGAGUUCUGUGACAGAUGACAUUGCCCUAUCCCCUGCCCUGCCUCAGUUGAUGUAAAAAGCUGUGAAAAAGAAGCAGGGUAUUGGAGGAUGGAUUAGAUUUGGGGAAGAAGUGGCUCAAAGCCAGCAAUCCCAGGACAGAGUUGUGGUGGAUUUUGAAUGUUGCUUUAUUUUGGGGGUUUGGCAAUUCAAUUUGCAGCAGGUAGGGUGGGCUGAGCAGUCUCUUGGACAAUCAGGCAACUAUCAGACACUCAACUAAUAAUUUGCUCCCUCAUUGCUGUGCCAGUGGAUUAUCUAGUCAAGUUGGCAAUUUAUUUCAUUCCUAACAAUAAUUCAGAUUCAAGCAUGACAACUUAAAAAGAAAAAGUCUGUUUUUUGGUCUUCAUUGUUUUUCAGAUAAUCUGAUUUGAAACACUGUACCUAAAUCCAUUUGGUACAUACUAUCAUUAAAUUUAAAGACCUUCGUCAAAUCACCCCUUAGUCUCUAUUCAAACAUCUUUGUCUCAAGCCAUUAUAGUGAUUAGAAUGGAGAUUGAAUUCUCCAAACAUUCUACAAUGAUUGUGCUUUACUGGUCAAGUUGGGAAUGCAGAAAAUGACCAGACUCAACUGAUGCAAGAAAUUCACUGAAAAUAUAUUCCUGCACAUGUCUUUGUUAAUGUAUGUACAAAACCACAAAAUCUUUGAAAAUGAGGUCCACUAUAUCCUUUCAAAAGUUAUCUUUUGUUGAACAAUGUAAUUUAUUUUUAUCAGUUCUGUAAUUUAGUAUAAAUAUAAAACACUGUGGAUGCUGGCUAUCUGCAAUAAAUUCAGAAAAUGUUAGAAAUACCCUGCUGACCUGGCACCAACAGUGGAGAGUUAAUUCCAUUGAUUUUUGUCAGACUGUUCUUUAUCAACAGAUGCUGCUUGACCUGCUAAAUAUUUCUGACAUUGUCUGUUUUUGUGUAUGGUUUAAGAAGACAAUUACUGAAGUGAAUUGAGGUGAAUAUAUUGUGGAGCAGACCAAGGUACAAAUAUGACUUAAAUGAUAGGGCAAACUGUGGUAACAAAUCAAUUGCCCUUUGUGAAAUUUUCUUUCCCAAUGCAGAAUAAGUGUUGAUUUCCCAUCCUAACUAAAUUAUACGGCCACGUGUUUUACAAUUGGUAAACAGAAACAUUCUUCUACAAAACACUAAUGAAGCGUAACUUGAUGGAUUGUGAUCUUUGCCAUAAUUAUGAGAUCCCAGAUUUCCCAUUUCAGUGAUGCUUUUAGCAUUUCAAUUUGAAUUCAAAUCAGCAUUAAACCAAUCUCAACGUAGAGACUGGUGAAUGUCCCAUGAAAUCUCUUCUUACCAGUCAUACUUAACUGACUUUGAAAUGCUUAAGACAUUUAUUUGGGGGAGAAUUGCUUCCCAUCAAAAUAGAACUGAAGAGAGUCUAUAGUAAGAAAGAAACACUUUGGCAAACAUGAAGACUGAAAAUGAGUUAAGUGAAUUUGUUUAAUGAAUGCCACACAGUGUCGCAUUCCCAUGUAUUUUGAGAAUUGCUAGUAUUUGUCAAAAAGGCUGGAAUCUGCGGUACAAGAUGGUACAUUUUCUGAUGUCAACCUAGAGCCUUUAUUCGAAGGCAAUUUAUUUAAAGAUUGUAAUUAGAUAUUUUCCAUGAUUUCUUGAACUACAAUUUCAGGAAUGAUUUAAUAAAUUAUGAUAAUACUGUUUUCUUUUAUUGCUCUUUGCAGUUACUUGAAAAAUGUGAAAAACACUUGAAAAAUGGGUUAACUGCUUGAAUUGCUAAACUGUAUCAAAAUGCCUGUUUUUAUCUACAAUUUUACGCUGUCUUUAUGAUAUGUUGUACCAUGUCUUUAACUGUCCUGGCACAGAAUUCUAGUCCCCAGCACACAGAACAUCAUCCAUACACUAUCCAUAAUUUUCCAUCUAUUAUAGACAGAAAUUGUCCCCAAUUUCAAAAUGUAUAGCUGGCAGUGCUAAGCAUCAAUUACUGACUGGCACCACAGAUUAAUUUACUGCAUUGAUAACUGUCUUGGUUUGAACGCAGCCCAAAUUGAUGGGUAGAAAAUCUCUUACAGUACAAAAAACCAAAAAUUGUAAGCCUGAGAAGUUUCUCUCGGCUGAAUUUUUAGCAGGUACGAAUUAUUGGUAGAGUGGGAAAUGAAGUGUCCCUAAGUUGACAAGCUCGAUCAGAGAUGGUGUAAUUAACAUUUACUUCAAAGAAUAGAGGUGAAAUUCUUUUUCUCAAGUAAAAAAAAUUCUUAAAUGGUGUCGAAGACAAUGUUUUUGAGUCAGGGGAGUUGUAAAGCUCACAGCUGAAAGCUAGAAAACGUGAAAUAAAAAGGUGGUGGGAAUACUCGGCAGAUCUGGUAGUAUCUGUAGAGAGAGCAACAGAGUUAGUGUUUCAGGUCAAGGACUUAGAAAUUGGGUGUUGCUCUUGCACAGUAAUGGGCUGACAUCAAUUAUUACUAUUUGAUAACAGAAACACAAACAUCCAUUUUUGAAAGCUUUCCAAAUUUGUUUAAAGGAAUGUAUAAACCAUUCGGGAAUUUUAUGAAGAAGAUUGCAUGUAAAUGAUUUUUGCAUGGUACACAAUAAAUAGCACUUUUUAAGUAGGUUUCUGGACAAAAAGGUACUUUCAAUAUUUUGAUAUACAAUGAGGUAUUCCAUUCCACUGGAUACAGUCAACCAGGCACAGCGAACAGAAGGAUGUAUGUUAUGUAUAAUUUAACUGGAAAAAUGUAAAUUUAACAAAAUCUAGCAUAAAGGUGCUGCUAUGAUUUAUUGAAUUAACUCAGUCAAAAGCUAUUUGAAGCUUAGCAAGGCCACAGCACCUUCAUAUAUCUGAUUGCAUCAUCAAAGACUACAAACAGUAGAACUUAUGAAAAUGUUAAAAGGUGCACCUUAUCUUUGUCAGCUGGUUGUGUGGUCUAAUAAUUACAUGAUUGUAUGUGAUUAUUAGGCCAUUAUGCAAUAGAAUUCAUAUUCCAAGGUAAUCUAUUUUAGAUCUAUAACAUCAAUUGAUAAAUAUUAAUGCUGAACAGAUCCACAUUUUUGACCACUGCUCAAAACACAUCAACAUUUUGCCAUCGUCUUAUAAUCCCAUUUUAUAAAUCUAGAAUCUAGCUUUAAUUUUAGGAAUAAUAUGCAGAUCCUACUUACUGCACUAGUAGACCCAAUUUUUAACUGUGUAAAUGGAUAUGUUAUUCUAGCAGUUAUAUGUUAUUCUUAUUAUUCUAGCAUUUUGAGAGCCAUUGCUUAUGUUCUGGAGAGCAUGGCAGCAAAAUAAUUAAAGUACAAUCUGUAGUUAUGAUGUACUAAUGGGUGUGUCAUGACAAGGCAAUCUGUUGCUUUUCUUUACAGGAAGAUGAACUAACAUUUGAGUUGAAGAGUUUUUGAUUAAUUUCUGUUUCAUGCUAAUAACUGUCGCUCUAAGAUUGUUUGAUUUGAGUUUUUUAAAAAUUGUUUUGAACAAUGACCUCUGGCAUGGGCAAAUUUCCUGUCCUGGAGACAGGAUGGCAGUGUGCCAGAAACCUGCCACCUUUCCAUUUCACCUCAAUUAAGUUGGAGAUUUGAAGGCCCAAGUCUGACCUUCACACCCUGCCACCAAUUGAGACCUUUAAGUGGUUAAUUAAGGACCACAUAAGGGCUUAUUCCUAUCAGGGCUCUGAUUAUCACAGCUCUAAGGGCGGGGGGGAGCAAUUGAUCUGCCUAAUGUGCAGGUAGGCUGUUAGUCUAAAAGCAGGGGUAAAAGGGGUGUUCCUUAAUCUGCAUUGAUAUGUGCUUGAUCAAAGGACUGGACAUAGGCCUAAGGGUGUGGCCACAAAGCCUGACACCUCUCAUUAAUCUCCCUGAAAAGCAUAUAUCUGACACUUUGGUCUUUGUGAUGUGGUUAUCUCUCCAACAGUACCUACAUCCCAGAGCUGGUGGCCUGGGUUUGCAGUGCAAAAUCAGGAUGGGCACCUUUUCAGCAAGUCACCCGAUGAAUCUGGAAGACACUGGCUAAUAUGAAAAGAAAAUUAAAUGGUCGAUGUCAUUGGAAUCAUCUUGAUUUCUUUUCCCACUUACCUUGUCCCAUUUUAGAAGGAAAUAAUUUUGAUGGAAAGUCCCAUGAAAUUCAGUGAUGAUCAGAAUUCUUGUAAUCGUACAGAAAACAAAAGCUUCCUCAGGAUAGUCAGAACUUUAUUGUGUCAUGGAUAGUUUGAAAGUAAAUUAAUGUCUGUGGUUGGAAAGUUAGCCGUAAAAGUAAUAGUGAGUUAAAAAGUUUCAGAACAGUUGUGGUUACAAAAACUGGUCAUUGAAUAAAAAUGAAGAUGGUCGUCAUGUUAGUCUUUGAACCUAAUGU